GUUUAUAAAAAUGUUUGUAUUUACUACUGUUUAUGGUCAAAAAAGUUUCCUUAUAGCCCCAUCCCAUUUAAACUGAGUACCUGUUCAUAAAAAGAGGUAUUAUAUAGCCCUCAUGACCCAUAUUUUGAUGAGUUUUACUUUUAUUUAACAUAUUUAUAUUGUAAAAAUUGUAAGAACAUUUGAGUUGGGUAUAUUACACAACCCAGUUAAGUAAUUUAUAUAAGUAAAUAUUUGUGCGAGUUUUAAUUUUAAAAAGACUAUUGGAAAAAAUAUGUGAAUCUAAAUAAAGUUUAGCCUGUUAUUCCUAUCUUUGUCAGGAAUACAGGUAUAAAUAGAAACUAUUUGAUAUACUGUUUCCUAUGUGUUCGAUAAGAAAAGCCUGCAUACAUAUCAAAUUCAUACUACUGACAUGUUUUCCCCACAGUUCCUGUAAUUUCUUUAGCUUGUUUUUCCUAAAUGUAUCCAUCAUAGGAGAGGGAACACAUCCUGACAGAUGAGGAUGUUACUGUCAGAUACUCUUCACCUUGCAUGUGCUCCAUAAGAAAGCUUACAAUUCAAAUCCAUACUGCUGACUGUAGAAAUCGCUCGUAUCGCCAUAUCAACGCAUUGAUUAUAGGGAAGGUGACAUGAGAAUUAGGAUACAGAAGGGAUAUCAAGUGCCCUAUAUUUUUCCUCAGCUGCAUAGUGGGACAAAAGAAUCUCCUGUUGCCUCUCUGUCCAUAUCUCUAAUCAAACUGGACUUGUUUCAGACCUUUGGUUUAAUCUCCAAGAGCUGACCACAAAAAAGCUAUUGUAUCUUACUUAAUUACGACCUCAGGAAUGAUCUGACCUGCCCGGUGCCAGGGGCAGUGAGGUGUGCAAAAACUUGCGUGCCAUGAGGUCCCAUUGGAUAAGGAAGGAAACCCUAGAUGCCCACCGUGAUAGGAUAAGUGAAAAAUGACCUUGUUAGAUCAAAAAGAAGGGGAGAAACUUCUGUAAAGGAGCUGGAAAGUUUUCUGGGUAAGCUUUCUGGGCAUCUGGGAAGAAUACAAGCACAGAGCCUUUUUUCUUUGUGUUUAGUUUGGUCUUUUUUUUACUUUACUUCCCACUCCUGCGAGUAUGAGCCCAUUCAGAGGGUAACUGUUCAUCAUGAAUCAUCCAGGAGGACACCUUGCUGUGGCUCUGCUCCUUCUCAUUUUGGUCUCUAUGUCCACUGAAAACAACAUUAUCAGAUGGUGCACGGUGUCUGAUCCUGAAGAGCAGAAGUGUUUGGAUCUCGCCGGUAAUGCCACAGCCAGGAACAUCCGUGGACAACUGCUGUGUGUGAGGGGCCAAAGUCCCACAGACUGCAUGAAGCAAAUUAAGAAUGGCACUGCAGAUGCUGCCACAAUGUAUGCUGAUGAGAUUUACACAGCUGGAUUCUGCUACGGCUUAGAUGUGGCAGUAGGAGAGUCUUAUAAUGGUGUAGAUGGCAAUAAUUACUAUGUGGUUGCUCUGGCACGGACAUCAACCAGUGAUCUGUCCCUGCUGGAGAUGCACGAGCGCAGCUCCUGUCAUCCUGGGAUAAGGACCACUGUGGGAUGGACUGUUCCCAUCGGCUUCCUGGUGAACACAUCACAGAUCAGUGUGGAUGAGCAGUGUAACUUCCCCCAUGUGGUAGGCGAUUUCUUUGGCUACAGCUGUGUCCCAGGAGUAAAGGACCCAGAACACGAUCCCAAAGGCAACAAUCCGCGCAACCUUUGCGAGGCCUGCAUCGGAGACGAGAACGACCGCCACAUCUGUGCCAACAACCCGCGGGAACGACAUUUUGGGGAGGCCGGAGCUCUUAGAUGCGUUGCAGAGAAUCUCGGAGAUGUUGCUUUUGUUAAGCACACUACAGUCUUUGACAACAUGCAGGGUAAGAACCAGGAGUCUUGGGCUUUGGAUCUGGAGAUGGAAGACUUAAAGCUCCUGUGUCCUGAUGGAACCGAAGCUGACCUGUUUCAAUAUGAGCGCUGUCACCUGGCCGUGGUUCCGACCAAUGCUGUGGUUGUGCGCUUGGAGGACAAGUGCCGCGUUUACAAGUACCUGGAACGUGUGCAGAAUGCUUUCGGCAACGCUACAGAAGGAUUCUCUCUGUUCAGCUCUGUGGGUUACGGGCAACCUGACGUGCUAUUUAGCGACUCCACCAAAAAGCUGUUGCGUGUUAUGGGAACCUAUACCUCCUGGUUGGGGCCAAGUUACACAACUAUACUAAAGGCUUUCGAGUGUGAAGGUUUGUGUUGAUCUGAUAAAGAAAAAGGAAACCCUACAUUUCCCACCACCCCUCUCUCUCUCACCCUAAACUACUCUUGUGUAAAAUGUGUUACUCUUGUAUAUGGGCUGAACGCCAGCUCUUUUUUGUUCUUUGUAGUCUUCUUAUUACAUUUCUGCUCUCACGGUCUAUAUACUGUAUCAUAUUUACUUUACUUGCUGAGUCUGUUGUAUCUUUGCAGCUGAAACGAAGCUUUAAUGUUUGAUACAAAAAUACAUUUCAAAAGAUAUCUAUACUUUUACAUAAGAAAUAGUUCUGGUUUUGGGCUUUGUUGUUGUUAGUAAGUCCUUGCAAUUCAAGACACAUCCGAGAUGAACAUCUGGCAGAUGAUCUGACCAAGGAAUAGAAAGGUUUCGAACUCGAAAUCCAUCACUUUUAAUCUUCAGGAGGUGCAUCUGUUAGCUUGAAACAUGCUUUGACAUUGGCAUGAAUUUGUAGUAUAAGAAAUGAAUUAAGGCGACACAUACCAUUGUUUCAGAAGUGGUCUGCCUUCCUCUGGAAAAGGUUCUCCAUGUUAGACAGAAAAUUAUUUCGGAGUCACCUCCGGGUGCUGUAACGGUGCUGUUUCCUGAUCCUUCAGGAUGACAUAAUACCAACUUGAACAAAACUACUCUGUAAAUAAUCAUGUCACUUGUAGUUUUAUAAAACCUUCUCAUAAUAAAAAUAUGUGUUGUAUUCCUUAUUUUUGUAUAUUUUUUUGUAUAUCAA